GGGAGGCUGCAGGGAGCCCGGGUGAGGAAGGGCGGAGCCCAGCCCAGCCCAGGUGCCCGGAGUCCCCGCCGCUGCAGCCAGCCACCGCUAGCCGCAUCUGCACCUGCAGCGGGGUCCGAAAAGGAUUCUGCAAAAAUGAGCCAUUCUCACCCCGCUGGAUUACUUGCAACAUAUAAUAGCCUUACGGAUAAACACCUGGCUGGGUAUUUUAACAAUACCAGGAUCAGGCGGCACCUACUAAGAUCCGGGCUGAUCACGAGAAGUGGGAGGAUACUUUCUGAAAAGGAAUAUAAAGUUAACAACAUGAAGCAGGAUCACCAAAAAUAUAUCCGAGAGUGCUUAGCCCGGGCCAUUUUCCACAAGGUCCUAGAUAUGGAGCGCUACCACCAGCUGGAAAUAAAGCGGAAACUGGAUGCCUUAGCUAGGAAAGAGCGGAUUCAGAAGUUGAAGGGAGAACACACAAGACGAUAUAUUGAAGAUAACAUGCCCGUUCUGACUCCCCAUCCUCCAGCUGGCCCAAAGACUAAUCGUGGCCAUAGCGUUCUGGCUGAGGAAGGACAUUCUAGUCCAUUAACACUGACAGCCCCUCGACCAUAUACUGCCCCAGGAAAUAUGCAGCCUCCGGUUCGUCUACAGCCUCUUCUAAGUAAUCGCCAAACGCGAAAUGGUUCAAAGAUAACUUCAGGGUCCAAACUCAAAGGCUCACUGCUGGAAAAUGAAGCUCUGUUUCCUCUUGGGGGAAAGAAAGCAAUGAUGAAAUUCAGGAACUACAUGGACAAUUCCCAGAGGGAGGAUCUCUACCAACUUCCACACAUUAACAGUUACCACACACCUGUUCCUCCAACACCCCAGCCCCAAGCAGGGAAGAGCUUCAGGGAUAAGAGGUUGGAAUCUUGGAGGAGGAAGAGGCUGCGUCCCAUCACGGCUCCCAAUGGCCUCGAGCCUCUCUUCGGCAAGGAUCCGGGAAGGAUUUAUAAAACAGCACCACAUAGCAAUGCAGUUAUAACAAUGGUCUAUUUUGGAAAAAAUGUGCACCUAUCUUACGAUGACAUAGACUUCCGAGAUGAAAUCAAGAUUUACCAACAGCACUGUGGAGGAGAGAACCUUUGUGUCUACAAAGGGAAACUGCUUGAGAAAGACACCUUUCAGUUUAUCUCCAAGCGUCACCACGGCUUCCCCUUCAGCCUCACCUUCUUUCUGAACGGGAUUCAGGUGAACAGGAUCAGCUCCUGCUGUGAGUUCAAGCACCGUAGGAGCACCCGCCUUGGAGGCAAGAGAGGCUACUUCGGGUUUGUGUGUGUGGAGAAGGCAUCUCCUUGCUACAGGUGCAUUAUUGCAAUGGGCCUUGACAGAAAACCAUCUUCAACGAAACCUAAGAAGGAAAAGAUGACUGAGAAAAAGGAGGAGCCACCAAAGAAGAGUCAGGGAAAACUGAGGAAGGACAGAAUGAAUGCACCAUCAAAAAGGAACGAGAUGGAGAGGAAAGAGUCCUCUGUCUCGGCUGCAUAUUCAGCCGAGGAAAUAAAAUUAGGGGUCAAAGAAGUGAGGACGGCUAUUGAGGAAAUGGAAUGGAAGGGCAAGUCAGGACAAGACGUCUGGGAAGAGGACCAGGACCACUCUGUUAAAUACGACUAUGAAGAAGAUUUUGAGAUAGAUGAUGAGAAACAAGAUGAGAAGGUGGAUGACGAUGAGGACCAGGCUGAUGACCAGAUGAGUGGAGGAUCCAAGACACCCACCGAAGGUGAAAAGGACAGCCGAAACCCCGAAAAUGAGACCGAAACCUCUUCAGAGAAGGCCGUAGCUGCCCAUGACAGUGAGAACGAGGAUACUGGAUGCUCAGACAGCGAAGAGGAUGACAGACAAGAUGUUAAAACCAUGUCAUCAAUCUCAUCUAGAAGUCACCCUUACUCUAGUGAAAGUGAAGAUGAUUCUACAGAGGUGGGCGGGGAAGCUGACUCUGUCAGCGAAGAGGGAAGUUCCAGAAGUUCCUCUCCUCAGGAUCUGCAGGAAAACGACCCAGAAAAACCACACUUUCCAAUCAAGAAGUACUUGGAAACUGAGGUCGAAGGGCAAGAAAUCACCAAACUAGACGGGCAUAACGGACCUUGGUUGGCCGAGCUCAGCGGCAUGCAUGUUACUGAGGGAAAACCAACUAUGGGAACCCAAGCUUUAUCGGAGAGUGAACCCAAGGAGUCUAGGCGGGUGGCUUCUUCAGAGGUGAGGGCUAAGAGUCAGCUCCAAAAGGACGCAGGCCUCUCUGGGGUGGAAGAAGAGGUUGGACAGAUAACAGGUGAAGCCCAGGAACCUGGUCACUGUUGCUCUAACUCUGCUCCUGAACUGAGCCCCACAGAUGAUGGGGUGACACCCAUGAGGAAACCGGAGCUCAACCUGGGCAGAGAUCUAGGGAUAGAGAAAAGAGCAGCCAUCGGCAUAAAUGAACAACCAGAGCAAGCUGCGCAAGAGGUGCACACACUGAAGGAAGAAUCCAUGAAGGAAGAUGAAUCUUCCCAGCCUAAGGAUUCUGAUGCCUAUGUGGGAGUGAGGGAGGAAGCAGGGAUGCAGGAAGAUGAUACCCACCAUCCCCAGCAUGCUGAAAUGGAUGCGGGACUGAGAGAGAGAGAAGGGAUGCAGGAAGAUGGUACCUGCCAUCCCCAGGAUGCUGACAUGGAUGUGGGACUGAGGGAGAGAGCAGGGAUGCAGGAAGAUGGUACCUGCCAUCCCCAGGAUGCUGGCAUGGAUAUGGGACUGAGAGAGAAAGCAGGGAUGCAGGAAGAUGGUACCUGUCAUCCCCAGGAGGCUGCCAUGGAUGCAGGACUGAGGAAGAGAGCAGGGAUGCAGAAAGAUGGUACCUGCCAUCCCCAGGAUGCUGACAUGGGUAUAGGAUUGAGGGAUAGAACAGGGAUGCCAGAAGAUGGUACCUGCCAUCCCCAGGAUGCUGACAUGGAUGCAGGACUGAGGGAGAGAGCAGGGAUGCAGGAAGAUGGUACCUGCCAUCCCCAGGAUGCUGACAUGGAUGCAGGACUGAGGGAGAGAGCAGGGAUGCAGGAAGAUGGUACCUGCUAUUCCCAGGAUGCUAACAUGGAUGUGGGACUGAGGGAGAGAGCAGGGACUUCAGAGGUUCCCUUGGGGGAGAGGAGUCCUACACGAGCUCCACCAGCAUCAGCAGAACAGUCUGCAGAGAAAGGGGAGCGCCAUCUGAAUGUAGCUAGUGAGGCAGAGGCAGGAAAGGCAGGAAGUAGCAGGCAUGGGGAGAAGCAGGCGACCCCCUCAGGAAAGGCAGCAGCAGAAGGCUCUGUGUUUUUAAGUGUAGAGCAGGCUGCAGACAGACAGAGGGACGAGAACCUGGACAGGCAGGCCUUGCUGCAGACACAGAUGGAGAUAGGAACAGCAGUUUCUGAAGCUGGGCAAGAAUUGGAGAAGGCAGAGUUCACAGACAGCACCGGGCUCAGCUCAGAGACUCUUGAGGAAGCAGCAGUUCUGAAAGAAGCAGGCACUUCUGACGUGAAGGAGGUAGAGAGGGAGGUGGGCUUCCCCAGAACAGAUGGAGAGCAAGGUGAAGAGGAAGCUCUUACGGAGCUGGAGGUCAUGGGGCCUGUGGAGGACACAGGGUCAGAGAGAAAGGGUGUUUCUGAAGAGUCAGGACUCGGGGGAGAGAGAGCAGCCACAGAGAGGAAGGGAUUUCUGGAAGAAGCUCCCUUCAGCGCCUCAACAGGAGAAGCUCAAGCAAGCCCCAGGGAGGUUUUCAGGGGCCACCAUGAGGAACUCUGUAAGGAAGACACAGCAAGGGAGGGAGUCAUAGCUGACACAGAAUCCACCAUGGAACAGGAUCUGCAAGCAGUGUUCCCCGGGGAAUUAGUUGCAGCUGGAGGCAUAGAGAAAGUUGAGAGGCCCACACCACCUCUGAGGGAAACUGGAUCUGAAAGAGAAGAGGAGACAGGGCCUGAGGUGCUGAAGACAGAAGACUUGUUAGGAGAGCAAAAGGUUAAAGGGGAAGAGGAGGGCACAGUGAGGGAAGUGGGUUUUGAGGAAGAAGACUGGGCACCCUGCCCUGAGACGGAGGCUCAUGCAGAUGAUGUAGAACCCACAGGGGCUACUGAGAUGGGGGAGGCUACAAAGCUUCUAGAAGAUCCUCCCAAAGAAAGAACCAUUACCUUGUCUGAAGCAACACCUCAGUUUGAGAAAUCGCCAAAAGAGAGUGAAGCCACAGCCACAGAACACAAAGGAGGAGAAGAGCUGCCAGGCCAGGAGAGCGAGGCUCUGUGGCAUCAGGGGAGGGGCCUCAGUCAUGAUGGAGAAGGGCUGCUAGGAGCUCCUGGACCUGAGCCAGCAGACAAAGCCCAGGGACCAGAGGGCUUUUUCACAGCCAGAUGUGAAGAGUGGGCUGCCAAGGAGCUGGACAGCAGUGCUGGGUCAGAGAGACUAGAGGAAGACCUGCCUUUGCAAGCACAAGAAGACAUCAUGAUAAUGACCCAGGAAAACCUUCCUGAGGAAAGGCACGCCAGGGCAGUGGAGGUCUGUGGAGAAGCUAAGGAUGAGAAGCCACAGGGGGGAGGGAGCAAGGAUAAAGAGUAUCCUCCAGGGACAGUGACUAGCAGCCUGACAGAGCAGAACUGGACCAUGGGAGGAAGCACUGUGGAGGCUGAAGAGGAUCCGCAUGGAGGAGGAAUUGAAGAACCAACUGCAGAGCAGAGGGAGGAUUCGGCAGAGUCAAAGUCAGCUGCCAGGAUCCCUGCGGCCUCUUCUGCUGCAAAUGCUCAAAGGGAAACACGGGACAGGGCAGGUGAGGCUCUAGAAGCAGCAGCUGAAGAAAGGACAGGGACUGAGGACGCGACGCCAAGAACAGAGAAGGUAGCAGUGGUGGAGGAAGUGACAUCAGCAGGGGCUACGGUGGAGACUGAACAGGAAGAGGAUCCUGAAGCACAGGACAGAGAGGGAGGGGAAGCGAAAGAUUCUGGGCACACAGGUACUGCUGGGGAGGACACAGGGGCUACCAGGAAGGACGGGGAACACCAAUCAGGAGCAGCUGAAGAGUUCAGAGGAUCAGUGUCUCAGAGAGAGACAGCUUAGCAGAGUGUAUCUAGAGGCAGCACCUCCAAGGAAACUGGAUUUUUCUAGAACUCAGAAGCAUCUGGUGAGCUCCAGUCUGGUGUGUUUCCAGGACAUCCAGAAAGCUCGCAUGCGUCUCCUGUCUGUGAUGCAGGUUUCACUAGUGUCUCCCAUGUUCUUAUGUGCUCUUCAGUUCCAUGCUGCUCAGCUCCAUGGAUUUGGUGGACACAGGGAGGCGCUAAAGCAUGCAGAGGAGGCGCUAAAGCAUGCAGAGGAGGCGCUAAAGCAUGCAGAGGAGGCGCUAAAGCAUGCAGAGGAGGCAGAUCAGCUCUCUCUGUGGUCUUUGACUCAUUCGCCAUCUUUGUAAACAGGGUUUUUUGAAGUGAGGUCUGUAAGUCUUACAAGGCUCAAGGACAAAAUAUACAAUAGAGAGAGAAGUCGGACACUGAGGAGAAAGAGCAUGAUCAAAAUAUGAGAAUUUUAAAAAGCAUGCAGAGAAGAAUGUGCCCUCAGCUACAGAGCCCAGAAAUAAAGAAUUAAAAGUCACUUUUGAACUCUCCACAUUAGAGUUCUUUUACACAUACACACAUAAAAUCCACACCAAAAGCCACCAUGGCUUUGGUUUUUUGAAGGAUGGGAUAAAGCUCGUCUGUGGACAUUUAAUCUUGUAAUGCUUCUAUCCUUUUACCUCUGGUGUUUUACAAAGUUUAAUCAAUGUAUGUUUUCCAUGCAUAGAUUACAAAUGCUGUACAUAUUUAAUAUACAAUGUUUAAAAUACCUGAGUUUUGAAUAGUGUUAGUAAACACCAAAAUAUAUUUACUUUACAGAGUCUGUUGUUUCCAAGAUAUCACCACAUCGCUGGCACAUACUUACUAUUAUUUUGAGUGAUUUUAUCAUCAGUAAUAUCUUUUUUCUUCCCAGGAUAUUAUGAAACUGUCUUGGUUAAAGAUGCAGAGUGGGAACAGACUGAGGCAGGUUCUUCACCAGGAGUUCAGAGUCUCUUUUAGCUCACUGCUGGCCUGAGCCAGUCUCAGUUGUUGACACUGGUCAGUAGGUUAGUAACCAUGGUGACAUAGCUCAAGUGGAUGUCCCUUCAAGGGAGCUGUGGCUGCAAACAGAGAACUGGGGGAUACUGAAUAUCCCACACAGAUAGUGUGCCUAUAUUUAAAUCAAAGUGAUGAUUUAUUCAAACAUUUGACUUUUACCAAAGAUUACCAGAAGGCUGAUGGCUUGAUUUUGUUUUAAUCACUUAUCUGACAGUUAAAUAUUACUCCCAAUUUCACGCACGGGUAUUGUAUCUUAGCCACCUUGGAAAUUCACUGACUCUUGGAAAGGUUACCUCUUCCUAUUUACACCUGAGGGACGGGAAAGGUAAUAUGCAAACCUUCCUGAAAAGGUCCUUUGUGUGUGUUUGAAUCCUGUUUUCUUUGGUGGAGAAGAAAUGUGUGGCUCUCAGCAUUUUGUUAUUGGGAGCAUUAUCUACCAGGUUGCUCGAAUGUAAACAAGAUAUAAUCUAGGUAAGCAUGAGAGGGGUGUGAUGACCACAGGGGACAUGGUCCAUCACACACACUCUGAGAAAACAUGGUCCAUCACACACACUCUGGGAAGAUGUGGUCCAUCACACACACUCUGAGAAAACAUGGUCCAUCACACACACUCUGGGAAGAUGUGGUCCACCAUACACACUCUGGGAAGAUGUGGUCUAUCCGACACUGUCUGUACUUGAUGUCACCCUGAAGCUCAGCAGCUCACCCUCCCUCCAGGGUUCUGUUAUUUUAAACCUGAGUGACCCCACAGUGCACAGUAAGCCAGAAGUCACAACCGCUCUCCAGAUGGCACCCAGAUAACAUUUCCUUGUUGGGUAACAGCCUGCUCCUAGGGGCUGGGAUUCCUUUAACACAGUCCAUGCUCCAAAACUCACACUGUUGACCCCUUUUUAAAAGUGAGGAGAUGAAAAAUUUCCAAGACAGCAAUUUCCCAGCCAGGAGAAGAAUCAACCUUUUAUGGUGCACUUUUAUGAGUGAACUUUUGGCCCACAAAAGCUUCAGAUAUAUCUAGGUUUAAAUGCAUCAAUGUUUUAAUUUUUUUUCUUGAUUCUAUUAUGUAGCCAAAGUUGAGGAGUCAUGCGGUCUUCCAUCUGCCUUGUAUUUCUCUUGUCAAGGUGUCCUGUUGGUAUAGAUGGUUUUAAUUUUGAUGAACAAUGGAGCUUUGUGAUAACCAGUGGUAGACAGAGCUGUUCCAGAGCAGGCAUAUUGGCACAGAGAAUGGACAGAUCAUUUCACCAGGAACGCCAAUACAUCAAGCUUACCGCCUGCUGCUUCCCAUAAUUAGAAACUGCAUAGAGUUUGGGGAGGGUGGAAUAGAAACUGCUGUUAUAGAAAACCCUUGAGGUGAUUCUAAAGUGUUCCACAACCUAAACACUGCUGAGGUAGGUCAUUGGUUAGAACAGAUCUCAUCUUGGUUGUAAAGCAAAUCACAGGAGUAUUGUCAAGUUCUUCUCUGUCUCCAUGCCUUUCCUGAUCCACAUGUCCUCCUGUGUGGUCAUCUGAAGGAGAUGAUAGUCACCAUAAAAAUGAUGACGCCACCCUUCAGCUCAUUUCAGUAGGGUUGUAUGCAGUGUGUUUGGAAGACUUGCCUCUCCCCACUGAAGAACAAGUCGAUGGAAUCCAACCCUGCCCCAUGCUCUGGUUUGUGACUGGAUAUCAUCCGCUCCACAUGUGGUUCCAUGUGUUACUCAUCCACAUUAUUGUGCCUUCUACAGGAUUUGCCCCUGGUGUUGCCCCUCUGCCACAGAGCACUUUAAACACAGUACUGAUGAGAAAGAUUGGAAACUCCUUAAUCACUUUGAAAAGAGAGUUUUGUGCGAUGUGUUAAAUGGAAAUUGCAUUGGAUUAUUUUUAUAUUUAACACCUUCCAUCAGCCCAGCCUGUAGUGUAAUUCUACAAUCUGCAUGUGGGUUUAACUGUGAAAUUCUGUGUUGUGAUGUUUUGAUUGAGUAAAUUUUAUCUCUGCAAAUAUUACACCAAUAAAAUUAUGCUUUGCGAAA